AUGGCGCACCUCAACGUCAAGCCGGAUCCGGCCUACCUGAAGCUGCAGGCGAUGCAAAAGAGUCGCGUGCAGUACUUCCGCUGGACUCCAAGGAAUGCCCGUAUCACAUUCAUGUAUGUGGCGGUGAUUCCCACCAUCAUGGGCUACAUUGCCUACAACACAGACGGUCUCUGGGAUCUACGAGCGAAGAGAAAGGGCGAUACCGCAUACGAGAAAUAA